AUGCAUGUCAGGAGAGUAAGGUUUUUUUACACAUUGUUCAUAAUUACUUCAGCUGGCAAGAAACGAAGGAGCGGUAAAGAAAAUGUCGCACGUAGCAAUGAUGUCAUCAACAAGGUGUUGCAGACCACAUUUGGAAAGCUGCUAACUAAAGCUGGUGUAACUCUGACAUCAGGAGAAGUGCAAAAUAAAAUAAGUAAGUCACAAGUCUAAUUGACCAGUCAAGAUCCAGGAUUUUUCUCAGAGUCAAAUGUCUUUUUAAAUGACUUUUUCCUAGAAUUGGAUCAGACUAUGUUUCAAAGAAACCUUUACAAUGCAUUAAAAAGGCAUCAGCAUUAUCCUCAGGUAUUAAAAUGUUUUAUUAAUUAAUUAAAAUAAUAUCAAUUCAAUUAGUUUAGUGGCAUGGCAAUAGGCUGUUCCAGAAAAGAUCCAUACUCCCCCCAUGGAGGAAAUAUUUGCUGUCCAGAGGCAAGAAAAUUUGUGUAUUAGAACAUUCAAAGAGGAUAGGGGGGUUAUAGCUUCCAAUUUCCUCUGUGGAAUGUCCCAAUUAUGAAAAAAUGUAUAUACAUGUAUGAUAAGGGACCGGUCAUAAAGUAAAAGGGGGGGGGCUGGGAAAAAUAGGGGGUGGGUCACUAUUUUUGAGCAUGGUUGAAGGGGUGGGUCAUCGAAAGUUAAGCGCAAUCAUAAGGGUGGGUCAUUUUUUUGUGUUAAAAAUUUCCACCCAAAGAACAAGAUAUGUGUUUUUUGGGCUAAGUACCGAAAUUUGGUAUGAAAAAUUAAGAUAAAGAAAGCAAUUGCAAUGUACUUGUCCGGAAAAUUUUUUACCUAAAAAAGUUGUUGACGGGGGGGAAAGUUAUUGUCCGAAAAAAAAUGUUCCGGAAAAAAUUGGAAAAGGGGUGCAGGGCAGGAAAAAAUAAUUUUCUUCUUGUGAGCACAACCUCGAGACAAAAAUUUCCUGCAGACCAACGGAGUAUUUUUGUGCUAAAUCUGCAUGUGCAUAAACAUAUAGUGUUCUAGCUGACCAUGGCUUUAAAUUCAAGGAAUAAUGUCUGUCAACCAUAUGUUGUUGCGCCCACAGUGGGACAUGGGUGUUAAGAUUUCCUUCAAAUUUUCAAUAGCAAAUCUUCAUUCAAACGAAUUUCCUGCAGCUGUUUAACAUUUCCUGCGAGCAGUGCUCGCGUGCUCGCCCAUUUUUUCCACCCCUGAAGGGGUGGGUCAUAAUUUUUCAGCACCAGUUUAAGGGUGGGCUACAAAUUUUCGUGCAGCUAUUAAGGGGUGGGCUACCAAAAGUGCAGACACCAAAUAUAUGAUUUUCCCAGCCCACCCACCCUUUUACUUUAUGCCCGGUCCCUAAUGUUUUAUGUGUGAUCAUUUUGUUAAGGUUCUGGCUGAGUUUGUUGAAGGUUUAGUAAGCUAUAUUGAGGACCCACAAAGGUAAUAUUUUGACAUUAGUACACACUGCAAGCGCCACUUCACCCAAACUGUAAUGUAGCAUUUGCUCAAUUUUUUAAGGUUCUGUCUUUCCUUGUUGCCAACAUCAACUUCUGAAGAUUGUGAAGAGAGGUAACUGUAAUUUUUGUGCAUAUCAUCAACUAAUAUUUGGUACCGGUACUUGCUUCUUCUAAGCUCUGGUACUCUUGCCUUGAUGGGUAAAAUCAUCUGAAGUUAGAGUAAAAUAAUAAAGUAGGGUGCAUUGUGGUGCAAUAUAACUUAAUGGGUUAACAUAUACAUUUCUAGCACUCGUGGACCAACACAAGACAGUUUAAUGAGAAUACUUUUGGGAAUUGACUCACUACAGGUAAAUUGAUCAAUGUACUGAAGAAAAAUUAACCUUGUAAAUGAAUUCUGUGCAGCAUCGAAAAAGUUUUUAAAACUGACAAUUUUAUUGACAAUUAAACUAAUUUACUCUCUUUUGAAUUGAUAGCCAUUGAUUGCGAAUGCUUUGUUGGAAAAAAUUCCUGAGUUUUCUGAUGAUAAUAACAGGUAUUGAAUCAAUGGUAUUGUUACCACCAUUUGUAAAUCAUGACAAGUUAAUUGUACAAUGUAAUAAUCACGCCAGAAGAAUAAAAAGGCAAAGGGGGGCAGACGCACACCAAAGGGCACCUCUAUAGAUCAAAAGUUCUAAAUGUACCUGAAAAUUUAUUUUUUUUACAUGAAAUUUUUUUGGGAGACCCCCCCCCCCAUAAGGCAAUUUUCUCCAUUUAUCAAAAAAAAAUUCCUAAACUCCUAAAAUUUUCUAAAAUUUUUGUAAAUUAAAUUAACCUCAUUCUUUUCCAAAUUCACACUUAUUUUUGUAAAUUAACUUUCUCUGGGCCUAUAAAUUACCUGAAUCUCAUGAUUUUGCCCAAAAAAGCAUCACUGGAAAUGUGAUUUAUCAGGUAGUAUUUUACAACUAAAAGGCACUUCUGCCCCCCUUGCCCCCCCCCCCUAGCAAAAGGCAAGAGGGGCAGCUGCCCCUCCUGCCCACCCCAGUUCCGGUGUCCCUGGUAAUAAUACUGUAGAAAUUAACGUGUUAUGUGGUACCUUGUUAGAGUUUCAGAACAUGAUGUACCAAGACUGGUUAUCAAUCAGUUUAAAUGGCUGGAUAGAAUUGCUCAUCCAAAGGUAUUUUCCUUAAUGUUAUUUCAGUGAACAGUUUAAUUUACCUUGUCUGAGACCUCAUGUUUAAUUCUCUUCCACAAUGAACUUGACUUAUUUUAUGAAUUUUCCAUUUCUAGGAUUUAAGUGAUAAAUUAUUAGAAAUCAUCAGCAUCUCAAAUAUGUCAAUUCAGCGAGAAAUAAUCACAGCCAUCCCAGAAAUCCUUGACGACAAUGAGCAUGUUGAUAUUGCAAAAGAAUUAAUGUAAGUUGAAAUUUUGAAAGAAUUACAAAAUUGGUGCUGAAGGAAAGUGAGGGUUCCGGACCCCCAUCCCCCCCCCCCUUCUAAACCCCACAAUACAGGUUGUCCCAGCCAACUCCUAACACUGGUUUAUUUUCAACCAUUAGAGACAUCAUGAAACAGAAUUCACAGUUAACAGUUGCUAUACUGGACACUUUGACAAAUCUUAAUUUGAAAGCUGAUCUGCUAGCUGAGGUAUCGAGCAUGCUCAAACUUAUUCUCAUGUACCAUGAAAGUGCCAUGAUUAUGAAAUUAUAUUUUCUCGAUUCGAUUAUAUUUUCAUGUCCAAGUUCGUUGAGAUGGAUAUCAUGGAUGUGCCAGCCUUUCUGGCAUAAAUCAGAGCAUACUUGUUUUACUCCACAGGUACGAGAAUCGGUCAUCAAUAUGUUGUCCUCCACGGAGAUGGAUGACUUGCCUGUGGUCGUGAAAUUUAUUUUGCAAUCAGUGGCCGACAAUGAAGCUUUUGAGGUUACCUCUUAAUUCUUACUUUGACCAACUAAUUUAGUACUAAUUGCAACACUAUAUCUGUGACGUCAUCGUGACGUCAUCAUGAUCUCAUUGUUAACUUUAUGAAUCUAAUCUUGAAAGUUACAGCUAUUAGGUAUUUUAUCUCCAAAGCUCAUUUUGACUCAACCAAACAUUGGGUUGUCUUUUGUAGUAACACUGCAAGGAAGAACAAUUUAAAAACUUCUAGAGACGCACGUACAGUACUAGACAGAUUUAAAUCGCGGACGUCAAAGACGACGUGAAAAUGGCGUGUUGUACCCAUGUGUGGAUAUGCCACGCCAUUUUGAUGCCAUUUUCACGUCGUCUUUGAUGUCCGCGUCCUCGAUCUAAAUCUGUCUACUGUCGAUAUUGGCGCAAUGAUUCCAACGUUUUAUUUUCUUACCAGGCAAUAAGCGAAGUUCGUAAUAAUUUGGAGUUUACGUGUUCUUUGAUCCCGGCAGCCACAUCAACUCCAUCUAACAUUCGAAAAAGGUAACUUUCACAUUAAGUUCAAUAAAUCAUCCAUGACUUGUAUUUUCAUCGCCACUUCAUUUAUUGACCACGAGUUUCAUCACAGAUAUGGCACAUGUACAUACUACUUACUACUCUGUUAUCAAAAUAACCCCCAACAACGGGUAACCAAUGAGAUCACUGUUUAAUAUCUGCAACCGAUUUAGGUGUCUGGUUAUAGUUUCACCUCAGUCCUAUGUGAGAAGAGUCCUAUGUGAGGCUUUCAUCGCUUUCCUAGUCCUGUAGUAACGCUCCCCUAGGAAGAUUAUUCGUUCUUAUGUUUCAAGUUCUUAAAAUUCGUAACUUUUUCUUUCACUUUGAAGUGUUGCAGGAAAUAAAUCCAAAGAUGGCGUCUUGUUGACCUUAGAUGCUAUUAAAGCUAGCAUCAGGUUUAGAAAAUCUAUAGCCGAUGGAUGGCUGAAGGUACAAGUUUCUCCUGAACACAAUUUGAUUCAAACGCUUUGAAAUUCUUCAACAACCAUGAAUUAACACUUAAUUGAUUGAAUAUCGUAUAUAUUACUUAUAGCGGCCCUGGGCAAACUAGGAAACAUUGUUGCGGAAACAUUUGCGAUUCGUGAUGUUUCCUCAAAUGUUUCCCUGUUUGCCACGACCCAUGGAAAUAUUGUUGCGGAAACAAAUUUGCUUCCCGAGAAGCAAAAAUGUUUUCUAGCAAAUUCAGAAACAUUUGAUGUUUCCCUAUGUUUCUCACUAAUGUUUCCUAGUGUUUGCCCACUCUAGGCAUUCCGCAACAAUGUUUCCUAGUUUGCCCAGGGCUUACAGUAAGUCACGAUUCAACAUGGAGUAUUUUGGGUUUUACAGACGCUGGAUAAUGUUAAGAAUUCGUCAGAACAUUUGGUGAUAGAUGUUUUCGCAGUUCUUAUACUGUAUGCUGUGACGAGCAAGAGAAAACCCGUUGAAAGUUUACUGCGAAACAAAAUACGCAGCGGCUGUUUUACUGAAGAUGUUCUGAGCAUGGCGUUUAAAUCUUAUGGACAGGUUUGGUGAAGUUGCUUUUUGUCUUUCUUUGCGGUAAAGGUUGAGAUUUAAAGUCCUGGUUAAACUAAAACUCUCAUCAAAAUUUGUGAUGAGAGUUGAUGAGAGUUGGCGGUCAAAUGAGAGCUAGAUUUGCUAAUAUGUCUCUAACGUAAUUGGCUCACGCUAUGGUAGUGUUUCUGAGCCGUUUUCUUAUUUAUUUUGCUUGUUUAUGUUCGUGUUAACGGUCGAAGUUUAAUAAAGAAAUAAAUGAAAACUUUCUGGUAAGUUGAUGGGUACUCGCCAUAUUUUUAUGUUGAUAGGUUCUACGUGAAUAUUUUGAGAAUCUUCUGGUUAUUUCCGAAGUUCUACUGCGAUCACCGGAUUCCGUUGUUUCCUCUUACGCCAAGAAAAUAUACGUACAGGCUUUUCUCACUUUUGAUCUGUACUGCAAACAGGUAAACAAUGAACCUGCAGGUUAGAGGGGGUUUCUUAAUGAAUUCUUCCUUUAUACAAGAGGCGUUCAUCGAGGUGGGUGGGGCUUGUUUGAGCGAGACAUGUAUAGGGGUAAUUGGAGUAUCGUGUGUCACUGAAAUUAUUUUCAAAAUGUUUGUUGGAAAUAGUGUGGAUAUGCUGUGGAUUUCUUGAUGCAAAUAUUAUUUUCAUAGUAUGGAUUUUACUUAUUCGGGUAAAGACCUACCUAAAAUGAUCAUGUUUUGUGAUUGGCUUUCAAAAACAAAUCAGAAACUAAAAUGAUCAUUAUUCGUGACUUGUUCUUUAGAAAGACGAUUUCUAUAGUUUUAUUGUGUUUUAUUGUUAUAAUCAACCCCACGAGCCUGGAUAGUAUAGGUAGAUGAUGACCCUCUUUUUCCAAUGUGUCCAUGAGACCUCAGUAUUUUAUUAAUAUUUUUUUGUUCAGGAAGUGGUCGGUGCGUUGGUAACUCAUGUUGGCAGUGGUUUUCCUAACGAGGCAGAUUCAUCUCUCGAUGUUUUGAGUGAUUUAGUUGAACAUCAUCCUUCUCAUAUGUCCUCGUUUGCAAUUUUUCUCAAGG